AUGUCUAUGCAUGGUUUCGAUAUUUUAUUCCUUAGACCCUUAAUUUCUAUCUUGCUUCUCCCCCUCUCUUAUUUUUGUUCGUGUCUCUUGAGAUUUUUAAAUAUUUAUUUAACCUAUUUUCUUGACUACUUAAAAAAUUGGUUGUCUCUUCUUUCUUUUGCUUUCCUAAUUUCCUUUUUUUCCUUUUCCUAUUUACAUUUCUUUUUAUCUGUUUUCUUAUGUUUUCAUUCGACUUUGUUUCAUUAUACAUGUUUCCAUUUCCCUGUGAUGAAGUUUCAAUAUCUUUCUUUCUUUCUUUCUUUCUUUCUUUCUUUCUUUCUUUCUUUCUUUCUUUCUUUUGGUUCAAUAUCUGUUUCUUCUUUCUUCCCUUCUAACUGUUCAUUCCUUUUAUUUUUUUCUUUCUUUUAUGAAUUAUGCACCAUUUUCUUUUUUUUAAAUUCUCAUUCAAAUUUUAAUUUACACCUUUACAAAUUUUCAUUUUUCCCUCUAUCUAUUUAUUGUAAAUGUUUCCCUUUCUUUCUUUCUUUCUUUCUUUCUUUCUUUCUUUCUUUCUUUCUUUCUUUCUUUCUUUCUAAACACACUCCCUUUAAUGACCUUUUCUUCCAUAUCACUUUUCACAUGUCAUAA